AUGGAACAGCAAUGGCAAUCGAUACUCACGCACCGACAUAGCCGAGCAAGCUCCGAUGGGGAGAGCUAUUGCUCGGCCAAGCAAGCGCGCCGAUCCCUGGCCAAGUUCAGGGACGCGGUUCAUGAGGAUGUUGGGAGUCGGCUUACUAUGGUGUCUGCUGAAGAAAUCCUCCUUGAAAGCCCUAGGGCUCCUGGAAUGCAGACAUGCACAAACAUUUAUAUUGCCUGCAUGUAUAAUGUAGGUAUGAAGCCUGAAGAAACAAAGGUUGCUGGAGACCCCUUAGCUCUAAUGGGGAAGGGAGGUGCUGUUCUUAUGGUUUGUGGGACUUGUGGCAAGAAGGCCUCUGUAUUAGAAGCUUUGUCUACUGCUUCUGGUGUCACAAAAGAAGCAUAUGUUCCCCUCAGCAAGAGAGCAGGUACAGAGAGAAGUGGUGCUGACAUGAGACAAAGGAAUGAGGAGAACUUUGUCCGAGUGACCAACCUUUCAGAGGACACCCGGAAGGCUGACUUGGUUGAGCUAUUCAGUCCUUUUGGUCCUGUGAGCCAAGUGUGUGUACCUUUUGGUCAAACUAGUUCCUUCCUCAGUUUGUGGAGACGUUUUAAUUGA